UGUGUCUUGGACAUAAGGACAGAGCUAUGGAUUACCCGGUCUGUCUACUUUUGCUCUUGGCCACCGUGUCCUCGGUGUCCACGGGACAAUUCCCCACAGCGCACAUGGUAAAGGAAUGGGUCGACCAGAUGCAAAAUGAUUUGAUCAUGUUAACAGACACAUCCAGUGGCCUGCAGGACCUCAUACAGAUAUUUAAAACACACAAAGCUCACUUCAGCGUGGAAUCGAACAAUCCAGGGGAACUGGUGUCGACGGCUGCUGCGAACAUAGAGAAGCUGCUGGCGACCCGCUCCCAAGCCCUAAAGCGGCUGGCAAUGGAAGCGGAGAAGUUUCAGAUGGAGCACCAGUGGCAGGGCGACAGCGAGAUCGACAAACUUAUUUACUACAACGCCAAAGAUGACAUGAAUCAGACGGAGAAGAAGAACCGCUAUGUGCCAGAUGAUUUCGAGGUGGACCCCGACUUCAAACGCCUCGUCUCUUACAACACCACCGCUGUCCACAUCCCCACGGAUAUAUAUGAGGGCUCCACCAUCAUAUUGAACGAGCUGAACUGGACAGAAGCCCUGGAGGAUGUUUUCCGGAAAAACAAGGAGGAGGAUCCCUCGCUCCUCUGGCAGGUGUUUGGUUCUGCCAGCGGAUUGGCCCGCUACUUCCCAGCAUCCCCUUGGAUGGACCUGAGCAACUCGGCCAGUAAGAUCGACCUGUACGAUGUGCGCAGGCGACCGUGGUACAUUCAGGGGGCGGCGUCACCCAAGGACAUGCUGAUCUUGGUGGAUGCGAGCGGCAGCGUUUCAGGUCUCACCCUCAAACUGAUCCGAACGUCCGUGAACAAGAUGCUGGAGACGCUCUCUGACGACGACUACGUGAACGUGGUCUCUUUCAACGAAAAGGCCUCACAUGCGGCGUGCUUCCAGAACCUGGUGCAGGCCAACGUCCGCAACAAGCUGAUGCUGAAGGAGGCCGUGCAGAACAUCGUCGCCAAGGGCAUCACCAACUACAAGGGCGGCUUCGAGCUGGCCUUCGAGCAGCUGGCGCAGCUGAACGUGUCGAGGGCGAACUGCAACAAGAUCAUCAUGCUCUUCACUGACGGAGGAGAGGAAAGGGCGGAGGAGAUAUUUAAGAAAUACAAUCCAAAGCAGGCGGUUCGAAUCUUCACGUUUUCAGUCGGUCAACACAACUAUGACAAAGGACCAAUACAGUGGAUGGCCUGUGCUAAUAAAGGUUAUUACUACGAGAUUCCCUCUAUAGGAGCCAUAAGAAUCAACACACAGGAGUACCUGGACGUCCUGGGCAGACCCAUGGUGAAGGCUGACCGGAGGGCCAAGCAGGUCCAGUGGACCAACGUGUACCUGGACGCGCUGGAGCUCGGCCUGGUGAUCACUGGAACUCUGCCGGUCUUCAACAAGACCAACACAGGCUCCAAGAAAUCACAGAACCAGCUUAUCCUGGGGGUUAUGGCUAUUGAUGUCUCGCUGGAGGACAUCAAGAGACUCACGCCUCGGUUCACGUUUGGACCGAAUGGUUACUACUUUGCCAUCGACCCUAACGGAUACGUGCUGCUCCACCCUAAUCUGCAGCCGCUGACUGCCAAGUUCCAUGAACCUGUAACGCUGGACUUCCUGGACGCAGAGAUCGAGAACGAGAUCAAAGUGGAGAUGCGGAAAAAAAUGAUUGACGCAGAAAGAGGGGAUUACACGAUGGCUACGCUGGUGAAAUCCCAAGACGAGCGCUACAUCGACCAGAACUACAGGAUGUACAGCUACGCUCCAGUGAAGGGAACAGAUUACAGCCUGGCCCUGGUCCUCCCCAAGUACAGUAUGCAUUACAUCCGGGCCACGAUCGGUGACACAAUCACCCAGGCUAAAUUUUCUGAAAGUCUGCUCGCCGACAAGUUUGAUGAAUACGGCUACACGUUCAUCGCUCCGAGGGUGUACUGUAAGGAUUUAAAACUACCCGACAAGAACACAAAUAACACAGAGUUCCUCAUGGAGUUCAACAACUACAUCGACACGAAGACUCCAAACAACCCCAUGUGUAACGUGGAGCUGGUGAACAGGCUGCUCUUGGAUGCAGGCAUAACCUCAGACCUGAUUAAGCUUUGGAAACAAAAUGAGCUGCAGCUCGGUGUCUCGGCCAGAUUUGUUGCCACUGAUGGUGGAAUCACGCGGGUCUACCCCAAAAGUGCCGGGCUGUACUGGAGCGAAGAAGCAGAGACGUACGAGUCAAGUUUCUACAAGCGAACUUUGGACAAUGAUCUGUACAUCUUCACUCCAACACCCUACGCAGAGAAAGACAACACAAGCGACGACACAGUGCUGGUGAGCAGAGCGUUGGAGAUCAAUAUUGAUGGUAUCCUACUUAAACCAGCUGUUGCCGGCGUGAAGCUGGACAUCAGCGCCUGGAUGGCGAGGUUCAUCAACACCACGCAGAGGACCAAUUGCAACGAUGAGAUCUGUGGAUGUCAGAGAAAUGACGUGUACGUAGACUGCGUCAUUCUGGACGACGGGGGCUUCCUGGUGAUGUCCAACCGAGAUGAAUAUAUUGAUCAGAUCGGACGUUUCUUUGGCGUGGUCGACCCCGUCCUCAUGAGGAGCCUGAACGACUCCCUGUUCACCUACAAGCAGACCUACGACUACCAGUCGCUCUGUGACCCCAAGAAGGAGAGCAAGGCGGCUGCAGGCCUGCGAUCAGUCUACGUGCCCACAAUCGCAGAUAUAUUGAGUUUAGGAUGGUGGGCGACAGCUGCAGCCUGGUCGAUACUGCAGCAGAUACUGGUCAGCGUCACAUUCCCCAACUUCCUGGAAGCAGCUGAAGUGGACGAUGACUUGUCAGAUGCCAUGCUGAAGGAAGUCUGCAUCACCAAACAAACCCAGUUUUACUUUUUGAACAACAACGUGUCUUUCAGAGGCACAGUGGACUGUGAGAACUGCUCCAGGCUCUACCACGCUGAAAAGCUGCCCAAGACUAACCUGGUCUUUAUCAUCGCUGAUGCGAAACUCACCUGCUCAUCCUGUGACGCCACCCUGAUGAAACAGGAUGAGGAGCCGUCUGAAGGUCCCGAUCCCUGUGAGCUGGCCCAGAGUCCUCGGUACAGGAAAGGGCCCGCAGUCUGUUUUGAUAACACUGAACAUGAUGAGGCCAUGUGCCGAAGGAGCUCAGGCUCCCCAUUGGUUUCCUCUCUGCUCAUGUUACUGCUGCCACUGUUCAUGUGCUGUCUCGGGAGGCGGAUCCAGACUGUGGAGGGGCAUCCAGCCUGAGGCCCCCGCUUUGGCUGAUGGCGUCUCUUCAGCUGGUCCUGCUCUGGGUUCUGACUGG